UCACGCUGCUCGAGAUGGAGAUGUUUCAAGUGGUUUUUUUAAGUCUCAAUCGCAGAACAAACUAUAAGUUAUAUGUCAACAUCAAUGACUUGUAAAAGAUAAGACAAGAAACCCUCGGACGUAAAUCUAUAACUCAGUUAUCGUUACUAGCAGCAAGUAGUCACGACAUUCACGGCGAGUUUUUCGAAAUCAAUUUCAUACCUUGAACCUCAUCAUGGCAUCCGAUAAAAAUUGCCGGCCCAAAAUUCUCGUCACAAAUAAGGAAACUCCCGAGGAAGGUCUGAAAAUCUUAAGAGAAAAGUGCGAUAUAAUAUUCCCGGAAAGUGUCCCCGCAACUAGAGAUGAAAUACUGAAGCUCAUUCCGGGCGUAGACGGAAUCUUAUGGGUUGGUCAUUACGCGCUGAAUGGUGAGGUGUUAGACACUGGAAUGCCAACACUAAAAUCCAUCUCGACUAUGUCUGCGGGUAUGGAUUAUGUGGAUAUUGCCGAGUUUAAACGACGAAAUUUCCCACUUGGAUUUACACCCUCGGUGUUGAGUGAUGCCGUAGCUGACGAAGCAAUUGGUUUGAUGAUCGCUGCUGGUAGACGGUUCCACGAGGGCAGACUGAAAAUUGACAGGUCAGAGUGGAGCGGUGGUCCACAAUGGAUGUUGGGGCAAGAUAUCAAAGCAAAGACUAUUGGAAUAAUUGGAUUCGGUGAGAUCGGUCAGACUAUUGCUAAACGAUUAUCGGGUUUCAAUGUGAAGAGAAUACUAUACAGUGGUCGUAAACCCAAGCCUGAAGGAGAUAAGCUCAGAGCAAAGUUCGUACCCCAGUCAGAGCUUUUAAGAGAAAGUGACUAUGUGUUUAUAUCCAUUCCACUGAACAACAGCACUCGCCAUCUAAUUAAUGAAACUACUCUAAAAGAGAUGAAGCGAUCUGCAGUUCUGAUUAAUGUUGCCCGAGGAGAGAUUGUAGAUCAGGAUGCGUUGGUGGCUGCCCUCAAGAACGGUACCAUUUUUGCUGCCGGACUUGACGUAAUGACUCCGGAACCACUGCCAGCGGAUAGUCAACUGUUGAAGCUUCCCAAUGCAGUUAUUGUCCCUCAUUUGGGAUCUGCUACAAGACGAACUCGCGACGACAUGGCUGUUCUAGCUGCAUUUAAUGUAUUGGCUGGAAUUGAAGGGUCGCCCAUGAUGUCGCCUUACCCAUAUUGACGCUGCAUAGCUAAUAUUCUAUUUCCAAAUGAACAAAUUUAUUAGUUUCAUAUUGAAUAAAUGAAAUUCCCCUCACUCAAA